AUGUCUUCCGAUGAAUCCGAUGGUGUACUUGAUGACAAUCAAUUUUAUGCUGUAUAUAAUUGUUAUUCACCUGCAUUCUUAACCGAUCAUGAUCGAAUCAAUAUUGAAAAGGGUGGUAAAAUUUUACUUCCACAACCUGCACUUGAGCAUUUAGUGGAAAAAACGAAUAUUAUGUUAUUUAAAUUAAAAAAUCCUAAAAACAAUCGUUUAACACAUUGUGGUGUUUUAGAAUUUAUAGCGAGUGAAGAACCGAUUUGUUAUUUACCAUGCUGGAUGAUGAAUCAUUUACAAUUAAAUGACGGUGAUGAACUAUCGAUUGAAUCCGUUCAUUCAAUACCCAUGGCAACAUUUGUACGUUUUCAACCGCAAUCAAAAGAUUUUCUUGAUAUAUCAAAUCCUCGUGCUGUUUUAGAACAUGUAUUGAGAAAUUUUAGUUGCUUAACAAAAGGUGAUAUGGUGCCAAUUGAUUAUCUUGAUCGAAAAUAUGAAUUAUCUGUAUUGGAAUUAAAACCGUCGAAUGCUGUAUCGAUUGUUGAAUGUGAUAUGGAAGUGGAUUUUGCUCCGUCUAUUGAUUAUGUUGGAGAAAAAAAAUCAUCAACUCAAACAGCAACAAACGAUGAACAGGGAAAUAGAAGUUCUUCAACAUUUAGACCAUUUAGCGGGCAAGGAACACGUUUAAGCGGUAAAGUAAAAGUCAAUGAUAAUGAACAAAACACGAAUGCUAAAGGUACACAAAAACGUGGAGUACCAAAUUAUGAUUAUAAAUAUGGUUUAUUAAGAUUUCCACGUAUACCAUUAGAUUCCACACAUAAUGAUAUAAAUGAAAUAUUAGAUAGAAAUUCCUCGACUACAUUUCAACCAUUUAUAGGCGAAGGAAAAGUUCUUAGACAACCUCGAAAUCAAAAACCGAAUUAA